UCAACUCGCCGACCUUCUGCAGCUCAUCAGGGACCACAGUUCCACUAUGUUUGGAUAUGGGCUCGUCUGUCUGUUUUUACAUCUGGUUGUCUCUGUACCUCAACCACCGUGUCGUCGAUGCUGCGAUCACCUCCCACCACUAGAUGAUGCUGCAACAUUAAGAGGAGGCAUGCCUGCAAUCCCCGAGGUCCGCACGUUUAUCAACAUGACCAUUCUCAAAGGUGACAAGGGUGACCGUGGAGAAAGGGGAACUCCUGGAAAGCUUGGAAUCGAGGGAUCCCCAGGACCAAGGGGUGCGGAAGGUCCCAAAGGAGCCAAGGGACAAGCCGGAGCUCCGGGUGACUCUUGCAAGUCCCAGCAUUCGGCUUUCUCGGUGGGCCGACGGAAGUCCCUUCAUAGCGUGGAUAACUACCAGGCCCUGAUUUUCGACACCAUCUUCGUAAACGUCCCCGAACACUUUGACAUGUUUUCUGGCAAGUUUCUUUGCCACAUACCAGGUAUCUACUACUUUAACGUGAACAUCCACACGUGGAACUUUAAGGAGACGUAUCUUCACAUCAUGCAGAACGAGAGCGAGAAGGCGAUCGUUUAUGCUCAGCCGAGCGACCGAUCCAUCAUGCAGAGUCAGAGCGUGAUGCUGCUUCUGAAGGAGGGCGACGAGGUCUGGAUCCGCCUUUACAAACGCGAGCGUGAGAACGCGAUAUACAGCGACGACGUAGACAUUUACAUUACCUUUAAUGGAUACCUCAUCAAACCAGAUACGGAGUGAGAUGACAAAUCGUUGGAAAGUAUGAAAAACGGACAGGUUUAAGAAAGUUGCAAGGAAGCAAUACAAAAUUAAAGGAUGACCUUAUUAUAUAUUUUUAUGAAGUUUCUAAUCAUCCCAACAUUUUAUAUUAGAUUUCAGUGCAUCUAAUGCUUUUUACCAAAGAGGCUUACAGUGCAAUCGUAUCAGUAUGUGUUUUUCCUGGAAAUUGAACCCAUUACCUUUUGCACUGCUAAUGCAAUAGUCACACAAUGCAUUGCAACCUUGAAUUCCUCUUAUUUACUAGCCAACAGGUUUUUGUGUUUAGACUUGAACUUUUUCAGGGCAGACAAAAUAGCUGCACCUAUGGUCUGUGUUGGGAAAGGGGUUUGGCUGAUUUAUGUUAGUCAUUUAUGUUAUGUUUACAUAGUGUGAGCGACUAUUUGGACAGCACUUUUACUGGCCCCUUCGACCUUUGACAUUACCAGGCAACUUAUGGCACAUACAAACAUCAUCAUUAAGUAUUUGAACCGGGUUCACUUUUCUAUGCUUUAAUACCUGUAGUGGCAGCGAAUCAAAUAUUAGAUAUUUACAUUUUCUUGGCCAUUAAAGGGAUGUUGUGGGUGCUUGCCGCGGCACUGCUAAGUGUUUACACUAAAAAGUAUGGUUUGUUUUUAACCCAUGCAUAGUUGGGUAUAACAUAGACAUUUUUCCAACCUGGGGGGGGGUGUAUGCACACGGUCGUACCGAUAUCCUUGCAAAGUAAAGUUUAUUUGACUUGGACGUGUACAUAGACGUUUAAUGCACAUUGCAACAAAAUGCAGUGCAUCUCCUGGGCUACAUACUACAUAGGGACAUGCAUGACCUAGGUAUACAAUAUACACAGGGUUAUAAAAAUCAGUGGUGCGCGUACAAUUCACUUAUGUGUAAAAAAUUCAGCUUUAAAGUACACUAAGUGCAUUGCUUUGUAGUUAUUAGGGUUUUCGGGGUGGUUGCUACAUCAAGGCCCACACCCAAUACUCUUCUUACUUUGUUAUUCUUUUUUUACCUUCCUCAUUUCUAUGUUUGUUCCUUGUGUCUAGCACUUAGCACACAUCCCCUUACGAUGGCACAUGAUUUAAAGUUUCAUUCAAGUAUGUAGCACAAAUGAUACAGAACAUUACUUAUCAGAGUUUGUGUCCUUAGAUCUGCAUGCAGUGCGUGUGGGUCUUUUUUAUUGGACACGUGAGGACAUUUUGUGGAUGUUAAACAGGAUGUAUGUGGUUUUACUAUUUCGGUAGUGAAAAGCCCACUUGAGAGAGACUUAGAUGAUGGUAAUAAAGACGAAGAGGAAAGAGACGUUUAUGUUUUGAAAUCACAAGGGAGUGAUGGUAGUGUUGGUAUGUAGUUUAUUGUAUUAAUUGAUUUAGUUAAGAAAUGGUGCUUAAUAAAAUGUAAUAUUAAUGUUACUAAACUUUUAACCAAGGAAUUCAGGUGCUAAACUUCCAAUGCAGUGGAGGCCAGUGACUUCAUUUCCGAGGGGUGUGAAUUCAAAAUAUGUGUUUGUUGCGUCAUGUCAUGUGAACCAUGUGCAUCGUGCAUCUUGUCAAAACGUGUUGAAAGGGUUUAUGAUAAAAGAGACGGGCUACAUACAUGUUGUGACGAGCUUCGCAUCAUGCACCCUUGAAAAAAAGUCACCGGCUGCCACUGAUCCAAUGUUUAUAAAUAUUAUUGACAUCAGGUGCUUAAAGUUACAGACUUGAGUGCAAUGAUUUACUUGUAUUUUUGUUUCUAAAUUAAUAUCUAAAGGAAAUAUGUACAUGGUGCUUUUUGUUUAUGUACUGUAUGUGUUAUGUCUUACGGAAAUAAAGAAUUGUUUUUAAUGCCACAG